AUGCCGCCCGAGUACAUCGAGCUCGACUCAUAUCCAGCUGAAUCCUCGGCUUCUUUGCCUGACCUUUCCAAUGAGCAGAUUGCCGCGGCCCUUCCGCGCUUGGGUGUGCUGGACUUUGAGCUUCCGGUGGAUGUCGGUUCUUUGCCUCGUCAAGCGCUUUUCAUGCUAGAUAAAAUCGCCUCUCUUGACGUGAAGACGGCCGUCGAAAUACUCCGAGACGCUUUGGUGGAGCACAAAGGCGACGUCAAUUUCCCCACUUCAGACUACUUGUUGAUUGAGCGACUACUUGGUCUGAUUCCAGCCACAUUCGGCGAGACUCCAUCCGAAAGCGAGAAUUCAACAAUCGGCGCCAAACAAUCUAGAGAGCCAGACGGAUAUCCAGAGGAAGCACCUCUGUGGGAAGAUCCCGAGGAAAAGGGAAUUGACUGGGCUCUUCUGGUGAAAGUUGAAGCUGCACUAAUAGCGUUUCAUUCUCCUUAUCCAGAGGUUCGGGCCGUUGUCGAUCCGUAUGAUGACCACGACCUUCCGGUAGAAACCCUCCGAGUAUAUGUCAUCUCCAUCUUUUGGACCAUAGUUGGUGCUACUGUGAACAACUUCUUCGUCCACCGUCUUCCGAGCAUAAACUUGUCUUCUGGCACCGUGCAACUUCUUCUAUUACCGAGCGGCAAGUUGUGGGAAAAGAGUUUUCGCCAGGGCCGCAGGAUUUCUCUUUUCGGCCGCUCCAUUGAUGUCAAUCCGGGAAAGUGGAACCACAAAGAGAUGAUGCUUAGCUCCAUCAUCUAUUCUUGUUCUGCUGGAACGCCUUACGCCAUUUACAACAUUUUUGUCAUGAAGCUAGAUCGUUUCUACGGCCUUAAAUGGGUCACCUGGACAUACCAGGUCCUCUUUGCCCUCUCAACACAGCUCCUUGGUUUUGCGUUCGCUUUCAUGAUGUUGAAAGUUUGCGUGUAUCCGAAAAAAUCUGUGUGGCCCACUUUACUUCCCACCAUUGCCCUCAACAAGGCUCUUAUGGAUGAAGAUCCUCCUACGUCUGUUAAUGGCUGGCGCAUUUCCCGUUACUCCUUUUUCUUUGUUGUUUUUGUGCUGAGUUUCGUGUAUAAUGCUAUUCCCGCUUAUUUCUUCACUGCUCUUUCCACGUUCAACUGGCCCACUUGGUUCGCCCCAAAUCUGGUCCAUUUGAAUAAUGUUACGGGAUCAAAUGCGGGAUUAGGUUUGAACCCUAUACCUUCUUUCGACUGGAGUAUUUUAAACAUGUUUGGAUGUCUCAUGAUGCCAUUCUACACCUAUGUCAAUCAGUACGUUGGGAUGCUUGGGGCGUUCAUCACCAUUCUUCUUGUCUACUAUACAAAUAACAAGUGGACAGCCUAUUUUCCCAUCAACUCUAACCGCUUGUUCAACAACAGAGGAGAGGUGUACAACGUCAAACAGAUUCUCAAUGAGAAAAGUGCUUUCGACCACGAAAAGUACGAGAAAUAUGGACCUCCUUAUUUCAGUGCUGCAAACUUGGUGAUUUACGGCGCCUAUUUCUGUAUGUAUCCAUUUGCCAUUUUAUAUCAUGCCGCAACAGAAUGGGAUUCGAUGUCUCAAAGUUUUGUGAAUAUUUGGCAUACUUUCAAAGAAAGCUUGAAAGCCCACAACUCAUUGGGAGUGGGCCGCUUUGAGAAAGACCCACAUUGCAGAAUGAUGUCCAGAUACGAAGAAGUGCCAGCAAUCUGGUUUAUGACCAUCCUUUUGGUCAGUGUGACAUUUGCUGUGGCUUGUGUGUGGUUUUAUCCAGUGGAAACCCCGAUUUGGGGUAUUUUCUUCACUAUCGGAAUUAAUUUUAUCUUUCUUGUUCCCAUCACAGCCAUGGCCUCUGUUACUGGCUUCACGUUCGGUCUCAAUGUUUUGGUGGAGUUGAUUGUUGGCUAUGCUAUUCCAAAUUCGGGUCUUGCUCUCAUCACUUUGAAAGCUUACGGAUAUAACAUUGACAGUCAGGCGAGCAACUACAUCACCGACCAAAAGCUAGCCCACUAUACCAAAAUACCACCGCGUGCCAUUUUCCGAGGCCAAGUUCUCUCCACAUUUACAAGUGUGUUGGUCGCUCUUGGUAUAGCCAAUUGGCAGAUUGAUCAUAUUCCAGAUAUCUGCGAUAUUGCCCAGAAAAACAAGCUUCGGUGUCCUGGAGCCAACACAUUCUUCUUCUCCAGUAUACAAUACGGCGAGAUUGGGCCCCACAAAGUCUUUUCUGGCUUGUAUCCUGUUCUCAAAUGGUGUUUCCUUUUGGGAACAGUCUUGGUCAUUCCAUGCGCAUUAUUCAAGAAGCAUGGACCUGCCAAGUGGGCAAAAUACUUUCACCCCACCAUCAUUCUUGGAGGAUUCUUGUCUUAUGCUCCUUAUAACUUGCUGUACUACACGGGUGGACUUUACUUGUCGUACAUUUUCAUGUAUCAUAUCAAGAGGCACUACAUUCUUUGGUGGGAGAAAUACAACUACAUUUUGACCAGCGCUCUUUCAGCUGGUGUUGCAUUCAGUGCAUUAGCACUCUACUUUACCGUCCAGUAUAACGGACAUGACUUGGAUUGGUGGGGUAAUCGACUCAGCACGCUUGGAAUAGAAGGUUCAAAAACGCAUCCGUCGUGGCUACAUGCCACAGAUGCUCCGGGAGGAUAUGUGGGACUUCGAGAGGGAAAUUUCCCAUAA